AUGGGCAACUAUUCUGCGUACAAGUUCGACCCAUCAACGGACGUCCUCGACCUGACAGGCAAGGUCGCCAUCGUCACUGGGGGAAACGGAGGCAUAGGCCUGGAGACUGUCAGAUUGCUCAUUCGGGCGGGGGCGAAGAUCUACCUCGGCGCGCGGAGCAAGGCACGGGCAGACGAAUGCAUCGCCCAGCUUGAGCGCGAGAGUCUUGGACCGGGAAACGGACAGGUGUCGUGGCUGAAGUGCGACUUGAGCGACCCGAGAGACGCGAAGAAGGUGGCGCAGGAGUUUUUGGAGAAGGAGGACAGGUUGGACAUAUUGGUGAAUAAUGCAGGGAUGAUUUCAGGACCACACGUUAUAGGCCCGGACGGGGUAUCAACUAUGGCUAUCGUGAACUACGUCAGCCCAUACGUAUUCACGCGUACCCUUCUACCACUUCUCAAGAAAACAGCCGCGGAGCCAAAUUCGGAUGUUCGAAUUGUCAACGUCUCUUCGCUACAGCACAAAAACGUCCCUUCGUCCGUCAAAUUCGACGACGUCAGCGACUUUAACACUGAGUACCGCUGGCAGCCGUUGGCGGGCCUCAAGCGCUAUGGACACUCCAAACUGAUGUUCACGAUGUGGUCCAAAACCCUUCAAGAACAACUAAACUCUUCCACCUCCUCAAUUACCGUCAUCUCCCUCCACCCAGGCGGCGUUGACACGUUCUCCCAAAAGCUCCCCUUCCCCUCCUUCUUUGCGUGGGUGUUCGGGUUCUUUACAGUCCCGCCUAGCGUCGGCGCGUGGACGCCUGUCUUCGCAGCUGCGGGAAAGCGCAUCGCGGAGAACAGGGGCAAGUAUGCAGGGCAGUACUUGGAGGAGUUUCCGACGGGCACGAUCAAGGAGGUUCAUUCGGCAGUGGUGGAUCAGAGGAGGAGGGCGGUGUUGGAGAGGGUGACAGAGGGAUUCUUGGAGAGGAUUGGGAUCUGA